GCCCAGGACAAGAGGAAAGCUCUGGAGGAGACCAAAGCCUACACCACCCAGUCCCUGGCCAGCGUGGCCUACCAGAUCAAUGCCUUAGCCAACAAUGUACUCCAGCUGCUGGACAUCCAGGCCUCGCAGCUGCGCCGCAUGGAGUCCUCCAUCAACCACAUCUCCCAGACGGUGGACAUUCAUAAAGAGAAGGUGGCCAGGCGGGAGAUUGGGAUCCUGACCACCAACAAGAACACGGCGAGGACCCAUAAGAUCAUAGCACCAGCUAAUAUGGAGCGACCGGUCAGGUACAUCAGGAAGCCCAUUGACUACAAUGUACUGGACGACGUCGGCCAUGGUGUUAAGUGGCUAAAAGCCAAGCAACAUGGAAACAAUCAGUCAAUCAGAGGAGGAACACUAUCGAGGACCAAUCCGCCGACGCAGAAGCCGCCAAGCCCUCCCAUGUCAGGGCGUGGCACGCUCGGACGCAACACGUCCUACAAGACCCUGGAGCCGGUGAAGCCACCCACGGUGCCCAAUGACUACAUGACCAGUCCCGCCCGACUAGGCAGCCAGCACGGCCAGCAGCACAGCCCCGGCCGCACGGCGUCGCUCAACCAGAGGCAACGCACUCACAGUGGAAGCAGCGGGGGUAGUGGCAGCAGGGAGAACAGCGGCAGCAGCGGUAUUGGCAUUCCCAUCGCCGUGCCUACGCCCUCCAUCCCCAACUCUGGACCAGUGGUGGCCCCUGGGCCUGGUCUGGGCCCCGCUCCAAUGUCCCAGUUUGGAACCAUCUCGCGGCAGAUUUCGCGGCACAACCCCUCCAACUCCUCUGUCUCUAUGGUUUCGGCCACGGGCACCUACCGCCGGGCGCCGUCGGUCACUUCCCAGUUCUCCUUGCAGCAGCAGCAACAACUACAGCAGCAACAGCAGCAGCAGCAACAGCAACAGCAACAGCAGCAACAACAACAACAGCAGCAACAGCAGCCUCAUAUUAACGGAGGCACACCUGGCUAUGGCCAGAAUUCAAUGUCUAUCGCUCCUCCUCCUCCCCCCAUGCCCCAGCUGACUCCACAGAUACCUCUGACUGGCUUUGUGGCCAGGAUGCAGGAGAGCAUUGCAGAUACUCCCACUCCGCCUCCCCCUCCGCCUCCGGAUGACUUGCCCAUGUUCGACGACUCUCCUCCACCUCCGCCGCCCCCUCCAGUGGACUACGAGGAGGAGGACGCCGCCGUCGUGCAGUACAACGACCCCUACGCUGACGGAGACCCGCAGUGGGCACCCAAGAACUACGUGGAGAAAGUGGUAGCCAUCUACGACUACAGCAAGGACAAGGACGACGAGUUGUCUUUCAUGGAGGGGUCGAUCAUUUACGUCAUCAAGAAGAACGAUGACGGCUGGUUCGAGGGCGUCUCCAGCGGCGUCACCGGACUGUUCCCUGGCAACUACGUAGAGUCCAUCAUGCACUACGCCGACUGAAGGGACCUCGCAGUAACCGUACAGUCUAUUUAUUCAGUCAUAUCAUAAUCCACUGAGAGACUGACCGCCGCAAUCUUGACUCCUGAGACGCAUAGACAUAACUGUAUGAUUCCCCUUUUGAUAUGACAGAAUGUUCUUUCCCUUAACUGAUUGCAAAUAAAAUGAAAAGUAAUAUCUAUUUAGUUUAUUUUGGUGUUAUAUGGGUGGGUUGGGGACAUUUAUGGAAUAUGUAAAAAAAAAAAAAAAAGAAUAAAAAAAAAAAAAGUUUCUAAAGAAUUUGACUGCACGGGCUCACACCGGUUGAACUCAAAGACGAUGGUCACACAGCUGAAGGGUGUACGACAUCAUCUUGCUUGGACAAAAAAAAUUGGCGAUUCGGGACUGAAUCUGAACAAGAGUAUUAGGUUUGACGGAACAAAUAAAAUGGCGAUGUCACGUAAACGCACCUUCAGUUGAAAGUGUUUGUACUGUCAGUUGUAUAUAAUGUGAGCUGCAGCCACUUGGGUUUAUGUAAUGUGAAUUCAGUGAAUGUCGAUUAUUUGAUAGUUUUCAUUAGUGGUGCUCUCCUCGACUCCGUAAGGCUCGUUCGUAAAAAUAAACGCAGAUGGCCUGUUGAUCAUUUACAAAUUUUAAAUACUGUAUAUGGUAUUUCAAAGACAAAUAAUUACUCCUGAAAACCAGUCUUGGCGUGAAAGCAUGCAAAAUUUUGAGAUAUAAUGUAAUCUUAAGUUUAUUGCCAUUAUGCUUCCAUUAUGUUGUAAAUGUAUUCACCUUUUUAAUUUUUAUUACACUGUUGAAAUCACUGAACUUUUCAGACUCUGAAGUGAAUUUCCAGCUUUCCCAUGGUCUCACCCUCUAUAUGCCGAUUUGCAUCUUAAAAAUGAAAUGGAGUUUACUUUUUCAUGCAUUUAGAUCUGUUUGAAGCAAGAGAACACAUUCCAUAUUAUUAUUUUUGGCUUAUCAAGCAUUUUAAGGUUAUGUCACAUCACUGUUAUUAACUUUAUACUUAUCCACUUAAAACCUGUAGGAUCCAUUGGUAACAUUGGAAAUAAUGGACUCUGAUGGACAGCGUGAAGUGAUGAUUAGACAGGAAUUGUCGUGCCUGACACUGCCAUGUGACAAUUCAGAUGUAAUGUAGACCAAUAAACAACUCUAAUACCUCCUCAGUCUUCACCAGGCAACAAUGACCUGCUCUGGGUUCAAGGACCAUGUUGAAUGCUAUGAACAUGAAAUCCUCUGGGUUGCACAGGUGUACAUAUUUUAACUCAAGUUAAAUCAGCCAAUCAAUAUUAGGUUUUACUCAGGUCUAGCAAUCAUCUUUAUAACAUUGUAUUUUUUCUGUUGGCCCUCGAACGUGCAUCUAACAUGACCUAAUUUUGACUCCAAAUCCAUUCGUCACCAUUUACCAUUUCAGGAUACUGCAGCUAACGCCUUGAUAUUUUACCCAUUUGCUUUAGUAUUUCCAACAAACAAAAACUUAUUCCGUCUCAAUUUCAUGGGUAGAAAUCUUGAACUCUAUCCCUGUCUGCCCUUCAUUUGUACAUAUAAUAUGUUGAUUGAAAAAUUAAUGUACAGUCUUUUAUAAUAAACAAUUCUACGUAC